AGCAAAUUCUCGGCCUGAAACUGCUACGGGAAGAAGCGAAGUAAAGUCCGGAGCCAGGACAAAGAGAAGAAGAAAAAGCGGGAAGAAGAAAGAGGAAAAAAUAUAGCCAGUUUUCUUAUAAAUAAGAUUAUGAGAAGUGAAGUUCACCAGAGAAGUUGUCUGAGGGCAUUUAGACAAGUUUAGUGUAGUAUCCUGGUCCAGCUCGAGUCUAUGCUCUGGAAACACAGCAGUAGCCAGCUGUUUUUUAUUUGAACCCUUUUUAUCCGCGGUAAACCCGGAGUGUGAGGAGGACCGGCGAGGAGAAGAGGUGGCCUUUCUUGAGUUGCGAAGCAGACGUCAGUCCGAUCGCGUGCCUGCCUGAGUAUUCACACUCCACGAUGGGAGACAAGAAGGUGACUCCCCAACUGAUGCUGACUGUUGGAACGGCUGUGAUUGGCUCUCUUCAGUUCGGCUAUAACACAGGUGUCAUCAAUGCACCUCAGAAGAUCAUCGAGAGCUUCUACAAUGAGACAUGGUUUGACCGGUAUAAUGAGCCCAUCCCUGAAACUUCCCUCACAUCGUUGUGGUCUAUCUCAGUGGCCAUAUUCUCUGUGGGAGGAAUCUUCGGCUCCUUCUCUGUUGGACUUUUUGUCAAUCGCUUUGGAAGGAGAAACUCAAUGCUCUUUGCCAAUAUACUAGCCUUCAUUUCAGCAGCACUGAUGGGUUUCUCUAAGAUGGGGGCUUCAUGGGAAAUGUUGAUUAUUGGACGGUUUGUAGUGGGACUCUACUCUGGCCUCUCCACUGGCUUUGUGCCUAUGUAUGUGGGUGAGGUGGCCCCAACUGCCCUCCGAGGAGCCUUGGGCACUCUUCAUCAGCUAGGCAUUGUCAUUGGCAUCCUUGUGGCACAGGUGUUCGGCCUGGAUAUGAUCAUGGGCAACGCUACUCUUUGGCCUUUCCUGCUGGGCUUCACCUUUAUCCCUGCCCUACUGCAGUGCAUCCUGCUGCCCAUGUGCCCUGAGAGCCCCCGCUAUCUCCUCAUUAACCGCAAUGAGGAGGGCAAAGCAAAGACAGCACUGAAAAAGCUGCGUGGGACCACAGAUGUGAGUGCGGACAUGCAGGAGAUGAAGGAGGAGAGCAGACAGAUGAUGAGCGAAAAGAAAGUGACCAUUCCAGAGUUAUUCCGUUCCCCAGUCUAUCGCCAGCCUUUGGUCAUUGCGGUUGUACUGCAGCUGUCACAGCAGCUGUCUGGCAUCAAUGCUGUGUUCUACUACUCAACUUCGAUCUUUGAGAAAGCUGGAGUGGAGCAGCCUGUCUAUGCAACUAUCGGAGCUGGAGUCGUCAAUACUGCUUUCACCGUGGUGUCAUUGUUUUUAGUGGAGAGAGCUGGACGCAGGUCUUUGCACCUAAUAGGUCUCCUUGGCAUGGCUGCAUCUGCUAUCCUGAUGACAAUAGCCCUAGCACUCCUGGCCCAGGUGGAGUGGAUGUCAUAUGUGAGCAUUGUUGCUAUUUUCGCUUUUGUGGCUUUCUUUGAAAUUGGGCCAGGUCCAAUUCCUUGGUUCAUCGUGGCAGAGCUGUUCAGUCAAGGUCCCCGGCCUUCUGCUUUUGCUGUCUCUGGGUUCUCCAACUGGACGGCUAACUUUAUUGUGGGAAUGUGCUUCCAGUAUGUGGAGCGUCUUUGCGGCCCAUAUGUCUUCAUCAUCUUCACCAUACUGUUAGUGAUCUUCUUCAUAUUCACAUACUUCAGAGUUCCUGAGACAAAGGGGCGGACAUUUGAUGAAAUUGCCGCUGGUUUCUCCCAGCAAGCGGCCGCAAGGGUGGGGAAACACCCACCUGAAGAACUCAACAGUCUGGGGGCUGAUUCUCAGCUCUGAAUGCUGCCUACAAGCCCAUCUCCUUAAUUCCCUGGCACUCAUUCACAAAACUACUGAGAGAGGGGUGCGCUUGCGGUCAAUCAUAUUUUCCUUCUCCUGACUGCACCUGCCCUACAGGCUUGAUGUGCUUCAGUUCUUCUGCUCCCCCUUUUCAUGCAAAGACAAUUUGAGUGAUGGGAUAGAAGGUUGGGAAGAAGGUGGGAAGAUUGAGAUGAGAACAUGAGAUUUUCUUUUAGACAAGAGAAUGUCAGCCUUGUUUUAUAUGUACAUGAAUGUGUCUUUUAUUUUUUCACUUUUAUGUCUGUUACUUUGUGCAAAUUCACGUUUUUAAAUGCGGUUAGUUGUUCCUGGUCUCUCAAGCUACAAUGCCACUAGCGUAAUUUUAACAAGGACUUUUGGCUUCCAUCAUGAUCAUUUUUACCCAUUUUAAAUUUCAGGUAUUUUUCACCCAAUCCAGACUUUAAACCUUUCCCUGUUGUUUCUGAAACUUAUUGCACAAAUUAUUUUUAUACUACAGGAUAAAUUGGACACAUUUUUAUUCAAGGGUGAAUUUUAAAAAGCUGUUUUACUGAAAUUUAUAAAGAUAUUUACAUUUUUACAAAGAGUUUAAUUUGCUGUGUCCAAAAACAAAACUUCUUUGAAAUGCAGUGAGAGAAAAGACGCCAACAUAUCUCACAAAGUCCAGACUCUAGAACAAAUAUAAAAACUAUGGAAUUAAUUAUAUUGCAUUAUAAUUAAAUCAAAAUCAAAGAAGCAGGAGCUGGAUGUUUUUACAUGCUGAAGUCAUCUGUUAGAUGUUUGUGAAUCCAGGACUAUUGAAUCCAGCUAUUUCUAUGCAGAUACUGAUCUUUGUAGGAUAAUGUCUACAUGUUUCUGGCCUCUCUGCUCUCUAUAUGUGUGGAGUUUUUAUACUGUACCUUCUUUCUGAACCCUGCUGUAUGAGCUCAGGUGUUUGCUUUUUUCUGCAGCACUUUAUCAUGCAUAUAUCUUCUGUAAUCUUUUUAAUCACACCUAAUAGAUCCUGCAUUAUCAAGGUUUGUUACAAAGCAAAAAAAAAAUCCCAGUUGUUACUGAAGACUGAAAUACGAUGACGUUAUCAUUUUCGCAUGACAUCACAUGCUGCGUGUGCU